CCUCUUCUUCUUCCGCUAUUAGAUCAAAGUCUCGUGGUUGCUGUCAUCGGAUUUGAGAUGAAAAUCUGACCAAUCAGAACCUAUGACCUUGUCAAAGUUCUCGCCGUGCUGCGUUCAUGGACCCGCCAACAAAUGGAAAUGCGGUCGGAAUCAGUGUCAUGCUCCCUUGAUUAAUACGCCCUGUUGUGAUUGCUUAACAAACUCCUCGGGGGGUUUUUUUGUUUUUUUUACAGGAAAUUGACGCCAUACCGUUACACAAUGCAGACCGUAAAGUGUGUGCUGCUGGGGGACGGGGCUGUGGGUAAAUCAGCCAUGAUCAUCACCUACACCGCAGGCUUCCCUAAGGAGUGGACCCCGUCAGUGAUGGAGAAUUAUAAGGUCAGCGUGACGGUGGAUGGGAACCAGGUGACCCUGGACCUGUGGGACCACAGCGGAUUAUCGGACUAUGACCGGUUGAGACGCCUGUCCUUCCCACAGACGGAUGUGCUCCUGCUUUGCUUUUCCCUCACCAGUCCAUCGUCUUUUGAAAACGUGCGGAGCAAGUGGACCGACGAGGUCAGACAUCACUGCCCGGCGGUGCCGGUCGUCCUGGUGGGCACCAUGUCGGACCUCAGAGACGACAAAGACAGGAUAGAAAAGCUGAAAAAGGAGCAUCUCUCUCCCAUCACCUAUGAUCAGGGCCUGGCCAUGGCUGAAGAAAUAGGUGCAGCAACAUACCUGGAGUGUUCGGCUCUGACUGAGCUCGGCCUUCAGGCGGUGAUCGAGGAAGCCGCCAGGGUGGGCCUGAACGCCAAGCCCGUUAACAAACCGAAGCAAAGCUGCAGCCUGUCAUAAUGCAGACGACGCCUUUUACGUUUUCGUGAUUUUAAAAACAGGGACGCUGUCGCUGAGGCCAGCAGGGUGGAUUAAUGAGAGACGGCGUUCUGGAAUUCCUGAAGUGAAGGAGAGAGAAAUUUAAACCACCCGUUCUUUAUGUUUCCCACAGAUUCUUUCACUCUUUGGUAUUCUACAGUCACUUUUUAUGAAAUGAAAGUAUCACAGUGUGAAUGUGUGGUAAAGCAAUACUAGGCAGACAGCAUUAGGGCCACGUUGAUCAAAAAAAUCUAUAUCAAAUAAAAAUAAAAUCAA